CUCUGACUCGGCACUCUAUAAAUGUUUCUUGCUUGUAGCCAGUCAGACACUUGUACUGCUAGAGAGUGAGAGUGGAAAGUGAAAGCAUUAGUCAUGAGCCGUUCCGUUCUGCUGCUGCUGCUGCUUGGCUGUUGGAUGUGUACAUCAUUUUGUACAGCUUUCCGAAUGGAUAAAUGGGAACGCUGUCUCUGUAAGAAGUCCUACAGAAUCCGUUCCACGAGCAUCAUUAAAUGGAACCUGUAUCCUCCAAGUGCAUCCUGCAGAGCUUAUGAGAUUGUGGUGACGGUAAAAGAUGGUCGGAAAAUAUGCCUCCAUCCAGAAUCAAAGCCAUGGAGGCUCAUAAUGAGUGGACAGCGUGCACCGAUAUAACGCCUGAAACAGAUCUAAACCAAUGUCCAAACCCAAAGACAAAAAAAUUUGGCAAAAAUGCUGCUAAAUUUGAGAAUGUAUGAGAGAUAUGUGUGGGGUUGAGUACAUUGUGCUUAUGGGUGUUAGUUGCACUUUGGCUACAGACCAAAAAUGUAGAACCCUGGACGUGAAAAAGACCCAGAGGUCCAGCCAUAUAUUAAAGCACCAUGCAGCUGUUGUAUCUAUAUUAAUUCAAGGGAACUGUAUACAAUGUUCUAACAUUUUGCUUGUGUCUGACUGUAGCUCUGUAAAAAUGGCAGAUAUUCCAGUAUUUUUGUUAAUUUAAUAUUUUAAUGAAAGUGUUUUAUAUAUUUUUAUGUUAUUAACAACAUCUGAUAAGAAGAAAAUGUGUCCUGAGUUUUAU